CGGAAGAGCAUCCAGUAUGGCGACUUCCACGGGACAAGAUGGAAAGGCUGUUUGUUCCUCGAGUGUGGAUCUGUUGCUGCACCCUGAGCUGUUGUCUCAAGACUUCAUGCGGCUCAUUUUAAGUGAGAAAAAUGUCAGUACCAGAGACUGUGGGAGUCGGGACCGGCUCACAGACCUCUACCUCCGGCAUGUCAUCCCGCUGCCGCAGAGGACUUUGCCCAACAGCCGCUGGGGAAGGAGGGUGGAGAAGAGCCGAGGGAGGCAGACACCGGCCGGUCACAGUGCGAGUAACGACCACAAUAGGAAAAGGCCUCUGAUCGUGUUUGAUGGCAGUUCCUCUCAUUCUGGCCUGCUCAAAGUGAGGAAACCAGAGGGAAGUAGCACAGUGUCAACAGGGAUCACUGACAGGUUAAAACCUCCUCCAGCAGGAAACCUGUCCAACCCCAUCCGCAAACUAUCAGGCAACACCUCUUCCUCAUCCAUUCAUCGCAGCACUGACCCCGCAAACCUCAAACGAGAAGCAAACAGCUCGGUUACACCGAAGUCACCAGAGGUGAAGAAAAAGAUCCAGCAUGUGACAUGGCCCUGACUCACAGAGACCUGAUGAGAGCUCAGGCUCUCGAAGACUGAUCACUCCCUUCCCAUCACUGAACACCCAACUGUUGCUGCCCUCUACCUUUGUUCUCCCCAUCACAAUUUUCACACUAAUUGCAUCACAGAAAGAGGUGGAAGCCGUUUUACCUGUGUGUCAUGGCCACCUCCCUGCUCUCGUUCAGUUCUGGGAGCGGAGAGGAUAGGGCGGUGCUCCGAACAUCGCCCUGCUUUUGACGUCACAGGCCUCCUCGUAGCUUCCCACAACCUCAAGUGCCCUUACCAUCAAUGAUCUGCAACUCCUGAAUGCCAUUUAGGAAAUUAUGGCUGUCCGUAUUAUGUUUCUGUGAAGGAAUUGGUUUUGGUAAAAGGGCCUCAAGUACUGGUUUGCAAUGGUUUAAGGGUGAGUUUCUUGGAUUGGAUAUGCUGAAAAAAAAAAAAAAGACUGAAACAGAUGCUGAAGAAUCUCACAGUCUGAGACCCAGACUGUCAAAGUGCUGGCGUAUCCAAGAGGCAUUGCGAACAUGUUAUGUGGCAGUGUUUAACAAAUUUCUGCUUUGGUGUGUUCGCUUGAAAUUUUGAACAGAUGUUAUGUAUUAUUUUUAUCCUCGAUUAACUUCAUUCCACUGAGCUUUAUUCGAACCUCAGUGCAGUUUCACGAGUUGUUCAGGGUUUUUAAAUAUUAGUGUAGUGUGGUAAACAUUACACAGAGGAAAAACGAUUUUCUUGUACAGCUGGAUCAUAAUCCACUGCUGAGCAGCCAUUCUGCCACAGACGAAGCAGGUAAUUUACAUUCAUACAUGUAAAUAUCACAUUUUAAUGAUUCAGGAAAAGAAAGGAAUAUGGAUUAAACAGAAUAAAGUCUUGUUGAAGUAGAUUUAUUUGAAAAUUGUGGAUAAAUUGACUUUGCGGUUGCUGUCUUUGAAACUGACAGAGUUUAGAAACAUACAGUAACAGGAUUCACAAAGCAUUUUGAAUCCACUGUCAAAUCAAGUGACAUAUUUGUACAAACAGUUUUUUUUUAAAUAAAAUGUCCAAUACAAUG